AUGGCUACCACCAACAGCACUAGCAUGAGUUUGAAGCUUCUGAUUGACACAACAAGCCACAAAGUUCUGCUCCUCUCAACUGAUGGUAUGGUUGGUUGCUUAGGCAACCUUUACCAGAGUGCCGAAAGUCUUAGUGUCAACUCAUACUUGCCACUCAAUCUUAAGGACACCCUGCUCAAACCCAAAACAACAAUUUCUGCGUCCAAUAUCCUUCAAUUGCCAUUGCCGACCAACAAUGACUCGAAUCUUUCUAAAUUGUUCUACAUUUGUGUGAGGUGCAGUAACCGUAUUUCUGAGAGCUAUGGAAUCCCUUGUCCACAGUGCAGAUCAUGUAACAUUUCCACCCCGGUGUCUUAUGUUUCUCCAUCUGCUCCUACUGGAGCAACCUCCAGCAAUAUUAAGGCAGGCUAUGUCAAGGGUGGUGUUAUUUACAUGAUAAUGGAUAAUUUGGAUGUGAAGCCAAUGACCACCGAAUCAAGUGUUGCAGUGCUUCAAAAGUUUAAUGUGAAAGGGAUUGAUGCUCUUCAAGUUAAGGAGGUUGAUCUUGGCAUGCAAGAGGGUUUGAAGUUGGUGAAGGCAUCGUUGGAGUCAAAUACAGCUCUUACCAAUGUCUUCCUUGGAAAGAAACUGCACAAACUUUUCAACUUUGGUCCUCUAGCGACAUUGAGCUUUCGGGGUUUCAUUUUGGUUUGUGGAUUGGGAUUUCUAUUCUAUUACUUUGGAUCAUGUAAACUUUGGUCCAUUGAUUCUAUUGGUUUCAUUCAUUAUAUCUCAAGAAAACUCAUCCGCCAUCGCAACAAUCAUUCAGCUUUAUCGUUGAUCCAGAACAAAUAA